UUUUUUUUUGUGUUUUAUUUAUUAUUAUCAUUUUCAAUCCACUGAGGUUUGACCUUCUCCAGUCAGGCAACACUAACACAACACUGGCACUAACUACACCCAUCGCUCGCUUUCCCACUUCUUCCCGCCGCCCAUCACAGAACGUCCCCGAGAACACACAUAUCUACUCCCAUUAGCGAAAUUCAAACAUUCUCAAGCAGCUACUGCAAUCAUAACAUCGCAACUGCACUUAAGCCUCAUCCCUGACGUUUUGCAUUAGCCUGAACAGGGGAAUACAAGCAGAACAACUUUUCCUUUUCCAUUCCCCUUUUGCAUUUACCAUGCCUCCCAAACGCGCGACCCGCGGAGCUUCCGCCGCCGCCGACGGUCGCAAAGCGACAGCCGCCUCCUCCAGAGCCACCGCCCCUACGAAAUCCCAAAAGAAGACAGAGACCAAAGCACCAGCAAAGGCAGCUGCUACUGCUGCUGCUGCUGCUGCUGCUGCUGCUCCUGCUAGCAGGAAAAGAAAGGCCGUUGAAUCUGAGGAUGAGUCGGCCGCUCCUGUUGCGCGCGUCCAGAAGAAGCAGAAGGAAGAAGCGCCUGCUCCGAUCAUCAACCACCCUCCCACAAAACGACUAGAUGUUUACGUCUUCGGAACGAAUUGCUACGGCGAGCUCGGUCUUGGAGACGCGACCAAGAAGUCGGAAAUCCCCGGCCCCGUGCUCAACCCCAAGCUUGCGGCAGACACUGUUGGUGUUGUCUACCUGGCUGUGGGAGGCGUGCAUUCGGCGGCUCUUACACACGACAACCAGAUUCUGACCUGGGGUGUUAACGAUGAGGGAACCCUUGGGCGUGAUACCAAGGAAGAGCGCAAGGAGGUCGAGACCAAUGGAGUCAACGGGGAUGAUAAGGAGGACAAGUCUGAUUCCGACUCGGAUGAUGAUGAGGUCGACUUGAACAUGAAGGAGGCCACCCCCAUGCCGGUCGACUCUACUCAUUUCCCCAAAGGCACCGUCUUCACGCAACUGGCAGCCACUGACAGUGCAACCUUUGCCCUCACCCAGGAAGGAAAGGUCUAUGGUUGGGGUACUUUCAGAGGAAGCAACGGUGUGAUUGGCUUCUCUCCUGACACUAAGUUCCAGCGCACGCCGACCCUGGUCUCUGGACUCGAGAAAGUCACAGAGCUGGCUGCCGGUGCACAACACGUCAUGGCGCUCACGUCCAAUGGUCAGGUUUUCACCUGGGGUUGCGAGGAACAGAAUCAGCUUGGACGCAGAAUCUCUGGUCGUUUGCAUGGCAAGCUCGAGAGUCUGGUCCCUGGUAAAUGUGCCAUUCCUGCAGGUGUUGUCAGCAUUGGUACCGGUGCUUACCACUCCUUUGCUGUCCGCAAGAACGGCCAUGUGCACGCCUGGGGCUCGAACAACUUCGGCCAGACUGCUGUUCCUAUGAGUGCCGGUCAGAGUGACGCCGUGGUCCUUUACCCCACUGAGGUCAAGUCCUUCCGCGAGUACAGCAAGAUUGUGAGCAUCUGCGGUGGUAAGGAUCACAGCAUCGCUGUCACGGAAGACGGGAAGUGCCUGACCUGGGGGCGUGUCGACAACAAGGCCCUCGGUCUGGCUCUUCAGGAUAUGCCUGCGGAUGAUCUGGUGCACGAUGAGCAUGACCGCCCUCGUAUCCUGACCAAAGCUACUGCGCUGGUCGACAUUAAGGAUGAGCAGAUUGUCUUCGCCACCGCCUCCAGCGAUCACUCCUUCGCCAUCACCAAGGAUGGCAAGGCGUACAGCUGGGGUUUCAACGUGCAACGUCAGGCCGGACACCGUGAGGUUGAUGAGAUCGAGCGACCAACUCUGCUUCAGAACAAGCACGUCACGGGCAAGAAGCUGGUUGGUGCCUCGGCUGGCGGUCAAUUUAGUAUGCUGGUUGGCGAGGCAUCGCCGCAGCAGGCGAAGGGUGAGACUGCUUGAAAGGUAGUCAUGUAAAUCUUGUUAUUUUUUCCUAGAAGAUCUGGCUUGAAGAACUUUGUACUACUAACAAUGUCAUGUUGCAUAAUGGGAAUCUUCUUUUCAGUUGAAUACAAUUCGAAAUUGCUGAGCAUUGCCGCGUCUCUCUAUUUCUUCCUCAUGUCUUGGUCUGCUGCUGCACCGUUGGUCGUAUCUGAUUGAACCAGCCUAGGGCCAUAGAUAGGGGGAGCG